ACAAUCCAUUUUAAUUACACCAACCCAACUCUUCCUUUCUUUUUUUUUCUUCUUAUUAUUAUUGCUAUGGAUUUUUAUGCCCUUAAUAUUGGAUGGCUGCUGGGAAACACUAAAACAAAAACUCCAAUAUUUUCUCUCACCUCUCUAUAAUAUAUACACCCCAUUUCCAUUUCCAUUCCCAUACCCCAUCUUUUUCAUCCUCUAUCUCUUUAUAUUUAUUAUGAUCAUCACCACCCUAAAUCUUAAUUAGUUAAAAUAACUAAUAAUAUUGGUUUACUUGAUAUUUGUGGUGCAAUUACAGCUUUGUCUCUCUUCAAAUCUACAUCUUAACUUAUCAGGUAAUUAUUUUUUUCAGCUUUGGUAGGACCCACAAGCUAUUCUGUUUGAGUCAUGUGGAAGUUUUUAUUUUUAUUAGAAUUAAUUUCGUUAUUUAUUUUAUCCAAAUCCAAACCCAUCUGCCAAAAAUUAAACACUACUACUACUAUUGGCUUUAGCUUACGUAUAUAUUAACACAAGAGGUUUGAAUUAUAUAAAAUCAGUGGAGAAAGUUGGUGGGUUAGCACACAAAACGUCAUAUCAAAAUUACAAAAUAUAAAAAAAGGAAUAAUAUUUAUAAUAAUAAUAAUAAUCAUCAUCAUCAUCCCGACCCCCUUUGGUAAUUAGCUAGCUAGUCUUAUAUUAUAUAUUAUUAUUAUUUAUAAAUAUAGGAUUAGAUUGAUUUUUCUUUCUUUAUUUUAUGUUCAUUUCUAAUUAGGGUUAACAAAAACAUCCCCCCUCUCUCUCUCUAUAUCUCUCUCCUUCCUACAUAGAUAUUUUUUUCAAAAGAAGGGCAAAAGGGAAGAGUAAUAUUAAGGUAUGAGAUUUAUUAUUAAUGGAAGUAAUAAGAUCAGAUGAUGAUGAUGAUGAAGAAUUAGAUUAUAAAGAAAAAGGGAUAAUGCUAAACACUACUACUACUACUACAACUACUAAUUCAAGUCUGGAUUAUAACUCACCCAAUUCUUCUUCCCCAGUAGGAUCACAAAAAUUAUUAUUAACCCAUAAUAAUAAUAAUAAUAAUAAUAAUAAUAUUAGUUUGAUCAACCCAUCUUCUCCUCAUCAUCAAACCCUAGCUAAUUUCCCUAAUCAUAAUAAUAACCAAUAUAACAUCUCUUAUAGACCAAAACCAAAUAAACCCAGAAAUAAUAUCAUUAGUAAAGAUCAUCAUCAUCAUCAAACCGACCCAGAUCCAAUCAACCCAUACCCAGUUGCUACUAGCGGAUCAAAUCUCAACACUACUACAGUGAACGCCUCCGCCUCCGUUUCCGCCUCCGCCUUGGCAGCAGUUUCUUCUUCUCCGAUUCGAUACAGAGAAUGUCUAAAGAACCACGCAGCCAGCUCGGGCCGCCACGUUCUGGACGGCUGCGGAGAAUUCAUGCCGAGCGGAGAAGAAGGAACGGUUGAUGCCAUGAAAUGCGCCGCCUGCGAUUGUCACAGAAAUUUUCACCGGAAAGAAAUCGACGACGGCGGCGGCGGAGGAAGCGAGUCUCGAGAUAGAAGAAACUCUUUAGUUAUAAUACCACCAGCUCAACAUUAUCACCGUCACCAAUCCCAUCAUCAUCAUCAUCCGUUUACAUUACAUGGUCUUUCAUCGCCUCCACCACCGCAGAUGACAGCUGGCGGAGCGGGAUUCGUUCCGCCAGUUAUGAUGGCAUUUGGCGGUGGUGGUGGUGGUUUGGCGGCAGAGUCUUCUAGCGAAGAUCUGAACGCGUUACAAUCGAAUUACGUAGGCGGAGGAAUGAGGGGGCAGCAUCAUCAGCAUCAUCAUCAGUACUACUCGGGGCCGGGGCCGGAGCUGGGCGGGGGUAAUUCUUCGAAGAAGCGGUUUCGGACUAAGUUUAGUGAAGAGCAAAAAGAGAAGAUGAUGGAGUUUGCUGAGAAAUUGGGUUGGAAAAUUCAAAAGCAUGAUGAGGAAGAGGUUCAAGUGUUUUGCUCGGAUGUGGGAGUAAAAAGACAGGUUUUCAAGGUUUGGAUGCAUAAUAAUAAACAAGCUAUGAUCAAGAAUAAGAAACAAUUGUAAGCCUUAUCAUUAAUUCUUCUUCUUCUUAAUUAGAAAAAAAUAUAUAUUAUUAUUGUUAAUGGUAUAUUAAUUGUUGAUUAAUUAAUUAUGAUCAUAAAAGGAAACAUUUGUGAUUA